UGUGCCCUGGAGCUGGAAGAAUACUCGUUCUUCAUCUGCGGAUGUGACACGGUUACAAAUAACAAGAAAAUGGCAGGGGGUGGUGAAACACGUCAUGGUCUGUUGAGGCAGUACUGACUAUAUCUAAUACAAAUUAUUUUCUUCUUAGUUUCGCGUUGUUUACCUCCAUUUAGGAAGCACUAUGGUCGAGCAGUCGGAUCGCGCUCCACUGCUGGACUGGGAAGAGAUUUCACCAGCCGAACUGACCCAGGCGGUUCCCUCACCAGCAAAAGAACAUGGAUGGGAAUCGAGCCCCCCAGACGGCUGUUCUCAGGGCAUCACCGCGCCUGGCAUAGGCUGGAGCACCAGAUAUGGGGGUCGAGCAACUGUAACCGCUGUUCCCAGUUUGAACGGGAGCCCUAGCCCUGACUACACUGGUCCAUGGGAUGUCCCCAGUCCCAUCAAUGCCGACCCUGGAAUAUCUCUGAAAGAACGAGUGGGAUGGGAGGAAAAGGACCAAAUAGUGUCUGUGUUUGUGGUAACCUUUGACACAAGAUCCGGUAACAUGGUGGAAUGGUGCUUACCCCAAGAUGUGAAUCUUGACGGAGUGGAAUUCAAGUCAAUGGCCAGCGGCUCACACAGAAUCAGCAACGACUUCAUAUAUUUCCGUAAAGGCUGCUAUUUUGGGCUGGCGUGUUUUGCUAACAUGCCUGUUGAGAGUGAGUUGGAGAGAGGGGCACGGAUGAAGUCUGUGGGUAUUCUGUCUCCUUCUUACACCCUCUUAUAUCACUACAUGCACUUCCUGGAGAACCAGGUUAGACACCAGCUGCAGUGCCCUGGCUCGUACUCUCCUCUGGAGGCCUUCUAUGAGGAUAAAAAAGCUGUGCUGCACCCAGCAGGGAACGGACUGGUCACUGCCUGUCCAACCAGCUACUGGGUCCCAGCCAUCAACCGCUGCAUGCACCCAGAGAUGAAGAUCACCCACCCGGCCGGCUGCAUGUCCCAGUUCAUCUGCUUCUUUGGGGAGCAGAUCCUGGUGCUGUGGAAGUUUGCCCUGCUCCGAAAACGCAUCCUCAUGUUUUCCCCACCGCCUGUUGGUGUUGUGUGCUACAGGGUGUACUGUUGUUGCUGCCUGUCCAACGUCUCUAUACCUGGGAUAGGUGUGUCUGUGCCUGAGCUCCGCCCCUUCUUCUACGUCAAUGUGGCAGACAUCGCUGCCCUGGCGACAGAGAUGUCAUAUGUGGCCUGCACCACCGAGAACAUAUUUGAGGAGAAGAAGGAGCUGUAUGACGUAUACGUUGAUAACCAGAAUGUGAAGACACACAGAGAUAGCAUGCAGCCACUGCUCCGGCUGAACGGGGCCGACCGGGAGAAGUAUAGGAAACUGAGCGAACAAAGGCAAAUGCUACAUUACACUCAGGAGGUGGAUGGAGACUGCACAUCAAAUGAGGAGGACCUCUUUAUCCUGUUUUUCAUGGAGCAGAAUAACCGUAUCUUCCAGACUCUAUCGGAGGUGGAGGCGAGUGCGGACCACACCCUGACUGCAGAGCACGUGAGAGCCAUGGGACUGGACCCCCAGGCAGACCGCACAUUCCUGGAAGACCUGCUGGAGGUCUAUGGCAUUGAUGUUAUGCUGGUCAUCGAUAACCCCUGCUGCCCCUGAGCUCUGGCUGUGGCCUGUUCUCUCUUGGUCCUCUGAAGACACUGCCUCCUUCUCUUCCUUCCCUGGCGUUCUGCCCAGUCAAAGGCCUGCAGGUCUCUCUCUCUCGAUCUCUCGCCCGGCUCCGGGAUAUAGCUGUCUAUGGCCAGUGUUCACUCAAUGACAGCUCACCUAGUAAACUGGGCCGCAAUGAUAGAUGAUAGGUACUGCCUGGACUCUGCAGUGCUGUCUGGCGACAGUCUGUUCCAUAUUCAACAAGCACUUGUCUUGUUUGUCUGUUCGCUUGGAAUCGGUUCUCUUCUGACCUGGAUCUCUGCUUGGAUCACCAGGCCUAGUCACUGGAGGUGGAACCAUUGAUCAAUGUGCCUCGUUUGUACUGCUCCCAAUACUAUGGAGCACUGCUGACCGACAGAACCACGGAUCUAGUAUCCAGUGUGGAGCUGGAUCAUUCAUUGUUCCUCCCACUUGGAAUCUUCAUUAAAUCUCCAUGGAAAUAAAAUUCUGCUGUGGCACCAAGCCCUUUUUUCUUAAAUCUUUACAGAGGAUUCUGCCUAACCAUGUAUGUUGUGUUACAAAAUAUGAAUGUGAUUGUCACUUUACCAUGACUUUGUUUCCCCAAAAUUCUGCAUCAGGUCUGCUAGAAUUGAGAGUAAAGAUAACAUGGUUUUCACUCUCUGUUUUCCUCUAAACAUUUCAUGCUGAAGUUGAUCAAUCAUUUUUUUCCUGUAUGAAAAAAAGGAGCAAUGUGAAUUUUUGCGUAUUUGUCAAAUUUCAAUAAUCAAGAAAGCUUAUUCCGAUGAAUCUGAGUCACAUAAAAAUGAAAACCUCUUUUGGUCAAAUAGGAAUACUGUUUUUUUCAUGAUGUCAGCUAAUCAUACACAUUAAAUGGGAAAUAUGUAUCAUGCAGCAUGUAUUUAUUUGAAAUCAUGCCCUGGUCCAAGGAGGUAUUUCUUAUGGAGUGAUGAAAGGAAUAUUUGUUAAAUACUGUAACAUUUCAGUAGAGUCUGCACCUGUUUGUCUGACCCUGGUCUAAUGCUGACACUCACAUGGCAGACUCGACCCAGCAAACCAAAAUUGGUUCUGUGAAAGUUCCCAGAACAUUCGUUAGGUUGCGGCAAAUAUUUUCAUAACACAAAACGGUACAGUUGUGCUGAUGAUUAUACAAUGUUUGAAUAAAACAUUCUCCUGAUGUUGCAAGAACAUUCCAGAACACAUUUUGUCUGUUCUUAACCUGGAAACCUAAUGAGAACAUUUGGGUAAUGUUCUGUGGUGGUUGUUACAGAUGUUGUGCACAAAAUGUUAGUGAACGUUAGAACAUUCCAAGGAUAUUUAAUUUAAAACAUUUUCAAAAAAUAUAUAAAAAAUGUGGAUGUUGUCAUCCUAAUGUUAGAUAAAACCCUAACUAUAACUUAAUGGGAAUCUUAGCUAAUGGUCUAGGAAUGUUCCCGGUUUGAUUGGCAGUAACUUACAGGGUUUACUUGUUCCAUGAUCACAUUGAACAUGUUUUUAUUUUGCAAUGUGACUUCUGGAUAAUGUGUUGUGUAUUGUCUUAUCAAGUUUCUUAAUUCGAUGUUUAAAAUUCAAAAGCCACUCGCACUCUGAGCUAUCUUUUUUUGCAGGUGCAUGGUAACAGUUGGAUAAGAUGAGAAAAAGAAGGAACCCGCACACUGCUCUUGAUAGUAUCACUGCUCUUUAAUAAGCUUUACGUAUCGGCCUCACGGCCUUCGUCAGAGCUUUUUCAUUUGAUGUUUAAAAUGGUCAACCUGGGAGACUUAAAUGCAUGUGAUUCUAUGACACUAACUGAUCAUGAAUGCUGCACCACACCGCAACCUCUGGACUCGUGUUUGAUGACCACAUGAUUAUGUGUAAACUUAUUUGUGUGCUGAUUUAAUGGUCCAAUGUUCUGCCAACAGAGAAAAAGUGCAGUCAGUGAUCUAACAGUCUGUCUGUCUCGGAGUGAGCGGGUGUUUCUCAAGUGGAGAAGCUAGCUGUGUACUUGAGUUUUAGUUUGAUUCAAAUGAGAUUUGUUGCAGAUUGAAUUAAAUCCACAGGUGUGCUAUGAGUGCAGAUACAACUCGAGUGUUAUUUUCUUGUAGGAGCUAGCCAGCUGCAAGCUGUGCCCCGUCACUGUAACAAAGACUCCUUUGUAUUCUUAGUUCUCUGGUGAUGUCAACCCCAAGCAUGAUAGUGGGAUUUACCCUCCUCUCUGGGCAGACAGUCAGACCCCAUCUGUUUUGGCAGAGGGUCUUCUUUAGCCCUCACACUAUGGUUCCGCAUUGUGUGGAUAAAAAUAUAUAUGGA